GUACAUGGAACGGCGUGACCGCGAUCAGGUCCCGUCUUGGGACGGGGAAGCUGCUGGUUGGAACAACUAUGUGAGAAAGGUGCGUCUUCACUGGGAAAGAACACCACCCAAGAAGCGGCGCCUCAUCGGCGCAGAGCUGGCAAGUCGUCUUACCGGCCGGGCCUGGGAUGUGAGCUCUGAUCUGGACCAUGCCCGCCUCCAGCAGAAGGAGGGCGCCACUUAUCUCCUUGAAUACCUUGAACUCAGACUGGGUCGCAGCCCGGUCCCAGACCUGGGGACCAGACUUGAGGACUUUCUGGUCCGACUUCGGCGACAACCUGGGUCGCGGAUGGUGCAAUGGACCACCGAGCUGCGAGAAUGCUAUAGGCGGCUGCAGCGGGCCCUGGCCAGGGCUCGUGGCUCACCCAAGCGCACCACGGCGACCUCACCAAGGAGACUUGGAGCUACCUCCCCGAGGGCUUCCACGGAGGGCUCAGGCUUACCGAUAGACCGCCGAAGGAGCGACACCACUGCGGAGCCGGAGCCCCAGGCCGAUGACGAAGUGCAAGAAGUUCACCCAGGAGACCAGGUGGAUGAUCACCCACCGGUGGCCGACGAGAGGAGUGACCGCGGGAGCCGCGGAUGGACUGCGGCCGAGUGGGAAGCCUGGUGGAACAACUACGACGCGGGUGGCUGGAACUAUUCCUCCCGCGGGCGGAACCAGGACGAGACCGACGACGAGGACGAGGUCCAGCCCGAGUGGGAGAAGUUCCAGCUGGAGGAGAUCGACGCGCUUCCGCCCGAGGUGCUUGGAUGGAUUUUGCUGAGGAGGGCCCACCUGCCUUCACAUGCUCGGCUGUCGGUCCUGGCUGCAACGAACAACCGCCUGGACAUCGAUCUCAUCGAGCGGGCUCUUCGCGACCAGGAAGAGGAUCUACUUCAGGCCGAAGAACGCCGAGGACCGAAGCGGACCUACUGGGUGGAGCAAGAAGGCUCAUGGGGCCUUCUUUUGGACGAGCCCAUCCCCGACGAGGCCCAGGGCAAUAUUCACUGGGUGGGCGACCGCCUGCCCGAGGAAGUGCACCCCGUCUUUGCUGCGGAAGAGGAGCCCGAGGCCUGGUGCACACUCCAUGGAGAUGCCGAGGUGUUCUGGUACUACCAGGACGGUGACUGGUGGACCGAGGACCCCGAGGGCAUUUGGUGGAACUGGUCCGAUGCGAAGCCGUGGUUCGACGUGAACGAGGCCAUGGCCGUGGACCCCACCACCGGCAAGGAGAUGCAAGAAGCGCUGGCCCUCUUUCAGGACAAGGUGCGUUCCUUUAAGGAGUCCCGCCAGCUUGUGGCGGCACGGAACACUGCCCGAGGCUUCUACCCCCUGACCGGCAAGGGAAAGGGGAAGGGCAAGUCAAAAGGAAAGGGGUCGUUCAGCCCCAAGGGCAAAGGCAAGGGCAAGAAGGGAGCCGCUACCUCCGGACCACCUUCCUCUACGGCUUUGGCGGCAGAUGGCGGCCAAAAGCCCGGCAGUGCCUCAUACACGGGAUGCUUCAUAUGUGGCGCCAAGGACCAUGACUUCCGCCGGUGCCCAAAGCGUGGUGCUGGGAAAGGCUCUGGAACAGCGGCGGCCCACCUUCUUGGCGACGGCGCCUGGAACGAGUCCUCGACCUACAUGGUGCAAGCGGCUGCGGAGGAUGAGGUCCCCGAGGGCGUCCCCGAGAACACCGGCACACUCGGCACGGGCCAGGUUCUGAUGGUGAAUACUGCGAGCCGGGAGCCGGAGGAGACGAUCGAGGAGCCCGAGGACGAGCCCCUCUGCUACAUGCACGUCAUUGAGGGGAUGCCGGCCGAUGACCUCGCCUUCGGCAACUUCCAAGUAGAGGCGGCGAUGUCUGUUGCGGGUCAGCUUCACCCGGGCUAUGCUGUGAUAGACAGUGGUGCGACAGAGACGGUGGGGAGCCUGGAGGCGAUCGAGGCUAUCGUCUCUAUGCGGCGCUCCCGCUAUGGUUUGGAGAACGUUCGCAUAUACCCGGAGGCCCGGAGAAGCUUCCGCUUUGGCAACGCCCAGCAGGAGACCGCGACUUCAUAUGUGGAGGUGCCACAGACCUUGGCAGGGAGGCCCGUGGCUCUCGGAGUUUUUGCUUUGGAUGUGCCACGCAUCCCCAUUCUCCUGAGCAUCCGCACCCUCAAGAAGCUGGGUGCAGAGAUCAACUUUCAGCGCAGGACCAUUGUGUUCAAGGCCAUCGACCCUGGAGUUGUGAUAGGGCUCCAGGAGAGUGCGUCUGGCCACCUUUUGCUGGACCUAGUGCACGACUGGCUGCGCACACCAGGUGCUAGCCAAAGCUUUUCCGGAACCGUCUUGAGCCAGGCCUUCCCGACAAUCCUCAUGAACCUCUACCUGAACCACCUCUACCACAACAGCCUCGAGGACCCGAACCUCCAGAACAACACGGAGAACAUGCUCAUGCGGUCGUGCCGUCUGCUAUCUCUCGAGAUUCGAUGGGGCACCUGUGGUCCCGACUCUUCUCCCGUCAACUUCCUCUUCGCGAUCAUGGCGUCCAAGGACAAGGGAGCGCCGGCCGAGAGCAGCGGUGCCACAGCAGCCCCCCCGAAAGCAGCCAGCAAGGCAAAGUCGAAGACAAAGGCCGACAAGGUCAAGACCGAGUACGACAUGUCAAGGGCUGCGGGUCCCGAUCCGAGGGAUCCAAGGACAGCCGGUCCGCCGUGCCAUGGCAAUCAUGUGCCGAUGCCGGCGGGACGCGGCAGCUUGUCUGGUGCGAACGCACACGGGCGCUGGGAAGUCUGCAAGGAGUGCAGGCUUCGACUCCUCUAUGUCCCGGCCUUCGGCGCGCACGCUCACUAUCGCCAGGCUGGGCCCCUACCUGCAGAUGCGAAGAAAGCCGUGGAGAUCAUGGAGGAGCGCGUGGCAGCGGGCGAGCCGGGGGCCAAGGAGAUCCUCAACGCGAAGGCGGCGGCACUCCAGGGUGCCGAGGACUCUCUUCUUCGCCGUCUCGAGACCGUGCGCUCUCAGAAGGCCCAGGCCAUGAACAAGGCGGAGAGCAGCAGGGCAAAGGACGGCUACCCCAACGACGUCCCCAGCGCCGACGCCAAGGCCAAGGACAAGCUGAAGGAGCGAGGUGCGCAGCCGAAGAAGAAGCCGGAACCACCCCAGCACGUGGACUCGGACUCAGAGAGCUCUGGAAUGAGUGCCGUGGACGAGACCAAGCGCAUCCCGAAGAAGAGUGCCAAGCGGCAGAAUGCCAAGGAUGCGGAACUCCAGGAGGCCCAGGAGAAGGAGGACACGUGGACCAAGGAGGGCUUCCUGACUGCGCCCGGCAAUCUUGAUGCGAACCAGGCGGGUGUGAUUCGGGACUCAGUGAAGGAGAUCCUCGACGGCUUCGACGGCGAUGUUGCCGAGCUUCCCCGGCAUCACUCGGGAAUCCAUCUCCUGGAGGUCGGGACUUCGGCGACCAUUGGGCUACGCACGGCUGUGGAGCAAAGGCAUGGAGCGGCCGCCCGGAUGAGCCCUUUUGAGUUCGACUUCGGGCGCAAGACAGGGGCAGACCAGGCCCUUGAAGCAGCACGGGCUUUGGCACCAGCUCUGUUGUGGGUUUCAGUGUCAAGUGCAGGGCUGGAGGUUCCUGCGAAUGAGCCACCUGAGGCAGGCCCGGAGCAACGCAAGACUUGGCAGUACCGUCGCAAGCGCGGGCGCAAGAUGAUGAAGACCGCUCUCCGUCUGGCCGAGGACCAGGUGAAGCGAGGCGGCCAUGUUGCGUGGGAGUGGCCCAAGGACAGCCCAGCAUGGAAGGAGCCCGAGGUGAAGGGUUUUCUUCGAAAGCUGGCCAAGCAAGCUGCGAUGCAUGUUGUCGUCUUUGAGGAUAAGACGGCGGGCAAAGCGUGGCGAAUCGUUGUCACCAGCCCUGCCCUUCAGAGAGCCAUCGUCCACGCUCAGGCCGCGACUUCAGAGCGACGGGCACCAUCGGCUAUGUCACGGCCCUUGUCGGUAUCCUCGAGAUAUCCCGAAAAGCUGUGCAAGGCGGUUGCUGAGUUUGCCCUCCAGGCCGACCACCGGGGUGGGAACGAGCAUGAGGAGAAGGCCUUUGGCUUGAGUGACGAGCCCCUUUUGGAGUCGAAGCUUGAGCCUGCUGACCGCAAGCGAGCCGAAGCUUUGGUACAUCGUCUUCAUGUUCGUGCUGGUCACCCUUCCGGGAAAACUCUGGCCAAAGUCCUUAGGGCAUGUGGAGCGCACCACGAGGUGAUCAAGAUCGCAAUGGAGCACACGUGCCCCGACUGCCAAGAGAUGCGCCUUCCGGACCUCUCUCCCAGUGUUUCUUUGCAGCAGAGCGAGGUCCCAUGGAGAGUCGUACAGAUUGACAAUGCCGAGCUGAGGGUCGAGGAUACGGUGACCCACUUCAUGGUCAUCACCGACGAGGCGACGCACUUUGUGGUUGUGGCGAAGCUGUUUGAGCGGCACUACCAGGAAGGCCGAAACGCAACGGCCGAGGAGGCUAUCCUGGCCCUGGAGCAGCACUGGACUCAGGCCUUUGGUUUCCCAGACCGGCUAAGGUGUGAUCCCGAGGGAUGCUUUCGCUCUCGACUCCUCGAGGCCUGGGCCGCAGAUGUUGGGAUUGAGGUGACACCGUGCCCUGCAGAGGCACAUCACCAGAUAGGCCAGGUGGAGUCCCUUGUGAAGAAGCUGAAGCAGGAUGCCACAACUCUUCUUGCAGGACACCCUGUUGGUGCUCACCGGGCCCUUCUUCACAGCGCGGCGGCUCACAACACUGUGCAUCGCGUGCAAGGCUUUAGCCCAUCCCAAUGGGCUUUUGGGCGAGACUUCGGACCAGGAGGGCGUCUGUUUGAGAGUGAGCAAGACCUUCCGGCCGUGCAGAACUCGCUCCAGCAAGGCCACACCUUCUACGACCACAUGGAAGCACGCAAGGCUGCGGAGGACAUUGCCCGCAGGUCUCAGGCAUCAUACCAGCUAGGCCGGUUGCUCAACAUGAAGACGCGGCGCAAGGUUGUCUUUGUGCCUGGAGAUUUGGUCUUUUACAGACGUGUUCAGCCGCCGGCCGACGCACCGGCACACCCUGGCCUCGGCUUUGCGAAGGUUGGCAUGGGACGCUGGUUUGGACCGGGCCGGGUGCUGGCCACCGAGACCAGAAACGACAACAGGGGUGUGACAAGGAAGCCCGGACAAACAGUGUGGAUCAUUUCUGGCGGUCGCCUGAAGCGGUGCAGCCCGGACCAGCUACGUCAUGCAUCGGAGCGUGAGGCUGCCAUCGCCGAGGCCACCGAUGCCGCGACACCACCAUGGACCUUCCAUAGCAUUUUGCAGUCGUUGGAGGGCGGCGGCUAUGAGAUCUUCGACGACUAUGUGUUCCCCUAG